AAGCUAUUAGAAUUGUGCAAAGUGCAAGAACAAGAAGGUUAUAUUAAUCAUAAUCAGAGUCUUGGUAGCAAGUUUAAUGAAAUUGAAAAUCUAAGAAUAUUUCAAAAGAAACAACAAAAGCGUAGAUUACAUUUGUAUUACUUGUAUUGCUAUAAAAAGCACUUGGCUUAUUCAUGGUCGUCUAUGAAAGAUCAAGGUUAUAAUCAAAGUUCAAAUAAUGUGAUGAAUAUUCGUCAUGUAGAAGUUGGAAGAAAAAUUUGUGAAGUUGUUGGAUAUGUUCCUGGACUUGAAGUUGAUGUUGAUAACAUUAAAUUUAAUUUUGGAUGGAGAAAUAGGAAAUGUUGUUGUUUGAUUCGAUCCGGUUAUGAUAAAACAAUGUUUGUAAUUUUGGAAGAACUAAUUAUUGAUAAAAACAUUGUGGAAAAUAAUGACAAUAAGAAGAAAAAUAGAAUCAUUAAUAGAUUGAAUAAAAGAAAGUCAAUACAGAUAAAAGACACGAAUUCUGAGAACCUGUCUAUGAAAUCCAAUAAUAAAAGAGAUAAAUCAGAUGACUAA